UCAUAUAAUUGUCACACUCUUUAACUUCCUUCAGUUUCUAUUUCCCAACCAAUCAAUCAAUCAAAGUCUCUCAAUAUUCCUCUUUGUAUUUUUUUUCCCUUUUCUCCCUUUCCAUUUUCCGGUAGCAGUUCGAAUCGCUUAGCAUUUGCGCUGCUCCACCGUGAAAGAAAAAAACAAAACACACAUUACCAAGAGAGAGAAGAGAGAAGAAAUCACAGCAUUAUUAUCUUAUCGUAACUAAUUAGUUUAAUUAGUUAAUUAAUUGGUUAUAAGUUGUAAGGCCAUGUUUGGCGAAACCGCUCCACGUCCAAAGUUCGUGCAAUCGGAGCCGAGAAUGUCGGCAACGGAGGUGCUCACCGACGACGAGUUCGCGAUGCGACGCAGCAGCACGGUGUCGCCGAUGAGCUCUUACUGCUCCGAGCCCGGAAGGUUAAGCGGCGAAGGCUCACCCAUGAUGAUGUCGCCGUGGAACCAGACAACGAAUUCCUCAUUCUCGAAACCUCAUUGGUCUCAAGAGCAUAACAGCACCUUGCAUGAAGCCCUCGUAGGUUCUCUUAUCCGACAAGAGGGACACAUCUAUUCCCUCGCUGCCUCCGGUGAUCUUCUUUUCACCGGUUCCGACAGCAAGAACAUUCGUGUCUGGAAGAAUCUCAAGGAACAUUCCGGGUUCAAAUCGAACAGCGGUUUGGUGAAAACCAUAAUACUGUCUGAUCAGAAAAUCUUCACCGGUCACCAAGACGGCAAAAUCCGCGUCUGGAAGGUCUCCCCCAAGAACCCUAGAGUCUACAAACGUGCCGGCACAUUGCCAACGCUUAAAGACAUCUUCAAGAGCUCAAUUAACCCCAGCAACUACGUCGAGGUUCGACGACACAAAACAGCGUUAUGGAUCAGACACUCCGAUGCCGUUUCGUGUUUGAGCCUUUCAGAAGACAAAACCUAUUUAUACUCCGCGUCGUGGGACAGGACAAUCAAGGUGUGGAGGAUUUCGGACUCCAGGUGCUUGGAGUCCAUCCACGCGCACGACGACGCGGUGAACUCCGUCGUGUGCGGGGACGGGGACGUGAUGUUUUCCGGCUCGGCGGAUGGCACCGUCAAGGUGUGGCGGCGGGAGAUGCGAGGUAAAGGCCUGAAGCACGCGGCCGUGAAGACUCUGCUGAAGCAGGAGUACGCGGUGACGGCGCUGGCGGUGGGCGAGGCGGGGUCAAUGGUGUACUGCGGCGCCUCGGACGGGUUAGUGAACUGUUGGGGGAGCGGCAAGAAUUACGCGCACGGCGGGGUUUUGAAGGGGCACAAGCUGGCGGUGUUGUGCCUGGCCGCCGCGGGGACGUUAGUUUUCAGCGGCUCGGCGGAUAAGACCUUAUGCGUGUGGAAACGCGAGGGUGUGAUUCACACGUGCGUGUCGGUUCUGACGGGCCACAACGGUCCGUUGAAGUGCCUGGCCGUGGAGGAGAACCGUGAAUCUGGCGAAAAGGGUGAGCAGGAUCGGCGUUGGGUUUUGUACAGUGGGAGUUUGGAUAAGUCGGUAAAAAUUUGGAGUGUUUCCGAAUAGAUGAAUAAAAAUCAGGUGAAUCAGCACCGCAUGGCUUCUGAUGCACACUCGUUGCCUUCUCUCCGGGACGGACCAAUCAUGGACACAUGUUUUCAUCGGUAAAAAUUAAUUAGACUCAGAUUUAUAAUAAUUCAUGUCUCAUCUUGUUUUUAUGUGAUGACGUGUAUUUAGGUUUUUUUAUUUUUAUUUUUGUGAUUGUUGACUUUGAUUGAUUGAUUAUGCAAGAUUGGGACUGACUGAGUGACUGGCAUGGUCGAAGAUCUUUAUUAAAUUUUAUGUAGUAUAAUGUAAUUUGUGCAUGAAUGAAUAGAUGAGGUAGUUAAACAA